CUAAUACUUUGAAGUAUAUCAUAUUUUCCGUCAGUAAUGACACAUUUGGUAAAUUGUUGAUUAGGAUGCCGAAAAGUGAUAUAAAAGGUAAAGAUACCAAGAAAACGAAAUUAGAAAAGUUACCCGAUGACGUCAAAGAAAAAUCUUAUCUCACCCGGCAAGUAGAUACCUCUAUCGUUAUUCUUGACAGUACCGAGAACGAUGUUGUCCUGGAAGCACUGCUUUUCCUUUCGAAGUAUGCCGAUAUAAAACUCCACAAUUUGAACUAUUUGCAACAAAAGGGUUUGAUGGGAAAGUUGUUAAAUUUGUUCAAAAGAAAUAUUUGCAUUUUGCGCCUAUCACUGAGGCUACUGGAUGUCUUGUUGAACUUGGAAGAUGUGGUAUACGAGCUGGACCAACCAGAACACGACAAUAAGGUAGAUGAGAUAUCCAACUACUACAUCAGCCACAAUGAUCUUCCCAUAAGAAAAUUCUGCGUCUCUAUACUGUCUAAGUUAGCAGCCUCGCCAAGAAUAAUAAAUUUGAUAUUCAGAGUCGACCUUUUCAAUCCGAUUCUCUGUACGAUGAAGUCCACCAAAGACGUCGAGUUACUUGGAGCAACAGUGACCUUACUUCUUGCUCUUUUGGAUGCCCCUGCUACCCUUAGUAUGUUACCUACUAUAGAAAAUUUUGAUGUAGGAGUGAUUAUGAUGCAUCUGGAACAUCAUCAUUUGCCUAUUCGGUAUGUUGUAUAUGAUGUAAUUUUGAAGAUCAGCUCGUUUUACAUCGACGCCUUCCAGCGUAUGUUCAAGAAUCAAAAGCUAGUAGAAAAGAUGCUAAAUAUUGUGAUGACACCUGAGAAAGAAGCAUUCCAUACAAAAGCCUUGGAAGUGGUGAUAAACUGCAUAGAAUCAGAGGAAACGUCAUCUUAUUUCAUACAGAGCUUAGACUUCCUGAACUUCUGUCAAUGGGUGAAAACUUGCAAGCCAGUGUAUUUCCUACCAUGCAUCACCUUAUUUGAGAAUCUGUCUAAAAUAAAUAAAAUCAAGCAAACGCUUUACGAUCUCUCAGUGGAAGAGUCUAUCUUAUACUUUCUACGAAGCAAUGACAAGAGUGUACUCAAUAUGACAUGCCGUGCCAUAUGUAAUAUGUCAGAGCAUAGUUACUGCUGUAAUAGAAUGGUGCAGCCUGUGGUCCUCAAGGCACUGACCGAAAUACUAGACAGAAAAGAUGAGGAGGAUCCUCAGAACGAGGUAGCGAUCAAAACACUGCUUACACUAGCACGAAGAUCUCCCAAAACAGUAGACAUACUCUACAGCGUAGAUUUUGUACCGCUGCUGUUAGAAUAUUUCAGAAGGGGUACAACGAUUCUACCCGAAGAAACCUUCUUGAGAAUAUUGGAGAUGAUUUACCGAUUCGCCUUGCACCCCUUAUACCAAAACGAUGUGAUAUCAGAUAAGAUGUUUGAAGAUAUAUUGAAACUUAUAAAUACCGAGUCGGACCCCAUAGCUACAAUGGUAGCAGAAAUGUUGAGCUACUUUGUCAACAACAAACAAUUUAUCCUUAUAUUCACAAAGUUUGGUGGUGCUUCUAUCAUGAUCGACAUAUUACUGAUGACGAACAGUUCAAACCUCAGAAACAUGAUUUUGUUAUUCAUUCACACUAGUUUGGCAGAAGAAACUAUGCUGCUCGAGUUUCUUAGAUACGAACUUGUUCCUGCUGUCAAGAAACUAGCAGACCUUAUCAAAGAGAAAUCGCCACUUACUGAGAAAAUAUUACGUCUGGCCUACAACGUCUAUCUGCCUCUGAAGUUCUAUAAGCUGGGCACAUUAGAGAUUUCUGAUAAAUUAAACAAUAAUUUCUACGUACUUACUGAAGGAUGGCGCUGGCAAGAUCCUUUUCCUUUCAUUGAGAUAUUCUUAGAAGCCAGGUGUAAUCCUAUUGUUAUAACAUACGUUGUGAACUACAUGUUUGAGGUGAAGAAAGAGACUAGACGUGAGUCUGCAAGAUCCACAUCCUCUUUAGGAUCCACCAACUCUAGAAGAAGCUCUGUAAGAUCAAAAUCCUCAAGAUCUUCUGGAUCAUUUGGAAUGCUCUCCGUACCGCCAAUGACAAUCAAUUUUGGAAGUUUGACACCUGAUCCUUACUUAGCAAGGUACAUAUACCACAUUAACAAAUAUUUGAAAAAUGAUAUGCCGAUUCAACACAGAGUCAAGAUGCUAGCAGAAUAUGUAGAUACUCUGUUGAGUGGCCCCGCAGAUGAAAAAGGGACUCCAAUCACACACAAAUUACAUACUUUCCAGCAACAUGUUCAAGCUAUACGAUACAAAUUGGGUACAACACUAAUACCUAUUGGUUUCCUUCGAAUGGGUUUUCACUUCGAAAAAGCACUGCUAUUCAAAGCUAUUGGAGAUAAGGUAUGUGUCCCAAGCGCCUUGGUCAAAGGCAGGCACAAACUGUAUUGGAACGAAGUAGCGGUGUUAGCAGGAGAAAAUAAUCAGACUGAACUCAAGAUGUAUGUUGUUGAUCUGAUGCGAGAUAUUGGUACGCUACUGCCAGUGGGAUCAAGAAAAGCCAAUAAAUAUUGUGAUAUAAUGUAGUAUUGUAUUUCUUUGAUGCUAAAUUAUUAUAAUGUGAGGUAUGUGGUAAAACCAUGGCGUUUUCGGAUGUACGCAUUCUGUAUGAUGUACUAACAUUGCUAGCCCGUCAAACCUGGUAAUCCGUGAAAACCACAACAUUGUUAAGUAAAGAAAAUAAGAGUAAAAAAGAAAGGAAUGAUGAGAAUAGAAGUGAAGAUGUAAGAUAAUAAGGGUGUUUUUCACAUCGAAACAUACAAUACAUGUAAAAAUUACUAGAACAAACAUAUGUUAAAGCAAUACGAGAAAUAAGGUAAAUGGUAAGGUAAAUCUGGAACAUCUAAUGUCAUAUUCCAGGAAGAAGUUUUUGAUAUUCUAUGUUGUAUAGUCUAUGUUCAUAACUAAAAUGGAUAUAUGUAGAAAUAGUAUUUGC